CGGCGCGUGCGCGGCGCGGGCAGCGCGGCGGAUCUCUCGCGAGGAAGGACGCCAUUAUCGCAGCCGCCGCACAAAACACCACGAGAACUCGGCACCCGCCUCACACGGAUUGCAUGACGUGUCCAAUUCCUGCCUUGGGGACCUGCACUGGUGUGUGAGGGAUUUGCUGCUGGUUCUGAAUGAUGUCAGAGCAGGAUUUGUCAGAUGUUGUUCAAAUUGCAGUUGAGGACCUGACUCCAGAUGACCCAGUUGUGUUGGAGAACCAUGAGGUGGCAGAUGAUGAUGUGGAACCUCCUCUGAAACGUCAGCGCAUCGAAAUCAACUGCCAGGACCCCUCCAUUAAGUCAUUCCUGUAUUCCAUCAAUCAGACAAUAUGCCUGAGGUUGGACAGCAUUGAGGCCAAGCUGCUGGCACUGGAGGCCACCUGUAAAUCCCUGGAGGAGAAGCUGGACCUGGUCAUGAACAAGCAGCACAGCCCCAUCCAGGUGCCCAUGGUGGCCGGGUCCCCGCUCGGCGCCACCCAGACCUGCAACAAAGUGCGAUGUGUUGUCCCUCAGACCACAGUGAUCCUCAACAAUGACCGGCAGAAUUCCAUCGUAGCCAAGAUGGUUGGGCAGGAAGAGCCGUUGAGCAGAGCAGCGGAUUCCCUGGAAAACAUCCUUAGCAAUGCCGUGCCGGGCCGUCGGCAGAACACCAUCGUGGUGAAGGUGCCGGGGCACGACGACAGUCACAACGAGGACGGCGAGAGCGGCUCCGAGGCCAGCGACUCCGUGUCCAACAGCGGCCAGAUGGGGAGCCAGAGCAUUGGGAACAACGUCACCCUCAUCACGCUCAACUCCGAAGAGGAUUAUCCCAACGGGACGUGGCUGGGGGACGAGAACAACCCCGAGAUGCGGGUGCGCUGCCCCAUCACGCCCGCGGACAUGCUGCACAUCAGCACCAACUGCCGCACGGCCGAGAAGAUGGCCCUGACCCUGCUGGACUACCUGUUCCACCGCGAGAUCCAGGCCAUCUCCAACCUCUCGGGCCAGGGCAAGCACGGCAAGAAGCAGCUGGACCCGCUCAUGAUUUACGGGAUUCGCUGCCACCUGUUUUACAAGUUUGGCAUCACAGAGUCCGACUGGUACCGCAUCAAACAGAGCAUCGACUCCAAGUGCAGGACAGCGUGGAGGAGGAAGCAGAGGGGGCAGAGCCUGGCUGUGAAAAGCUUUUCCAGAAGAACGCCUUCAUCAUCCUCUUACAGUGGUUCAGUGUGGAUCCCACAGGGCCAUCUCCACAUAGCCCAAGUGCCCCAGGGGGAGCAGGUCCAGAUCACACAGGACAGUGAGGGAAACCUGCAGAUACACCAAGUUCACGUGGGUCAGGAUGGACAGGUGCUGCAGGGUGCUCAGCUCAUCGCCGUGGCGUCGGCCGAGCCCGCGCCCGGGGGGGUGGAUGGAUCCCCACUCCAGGGAAGUGACAUCCAGGUCCAGUAUGUGCAACUCACACCGGUGACAGACCACUCUGCCACCAACCAGGGCACUGACAGCCUUCAAUCAGCAAUCCAGCCAGAAAUGCAGAUAGAACACGGAGCAAUCCAAAUUCAGUGAGGGAACUGAGGAACUUUGGGAGCUGUUGGUGAACUACAGGCAGAAAUGAAGUGCAAGAGGACAAAAAUACCUCUUAAACCAAUGGUCACACCUCAGACAUCUCCAGCCAUGGCCUGGUUGUCCUCACCUGGAAUAAUUCACACCCUUUUACUUCAGCUGGAGCUGCACCACAACAGCAGUGAAGAUCUGACCUUCAGGAAAAAAAUCAAGAGGAAAAAAAACAACCCUUGCAGAAAGACAGAAGGAGAUUUAAUGCAUCCAAACUGUGAGACUCAAUUCCUGCUCACCCAUUUCUUCUGUGAAAAAGGCCCUUUGAAUGUCUGCAGAUACUUUAGGAGGUGUAUUGCUGCUUUGCAAUACUUGCUUUACCACAUAGAGAAGUUCCAGAGCUCAGCUAUUUUUCACUGUUUAAACAGCUUUUUUUUUAUUUGCUAUGGUGUUUAUAACAAAAAAUGGAAAAUAUUUAAAAAGAGGAAAAUCCCAUGACAGCAAGUAUUGGCCUUUUGCUGGUGUUUUCUGUUCAGUGUAAUGAAAACUGUACUUGCAGAAGACUAACAAUUUUGUUUGUACUGUUGCUUAACUACUUUUCUAGGGGAAAAGGCUUUUAAAUGCUGUAAUUAUGCAUUUCUAAUGGAAAAUAAAUGUGUAUUUAUGAAUAGUGCAGCUCUAAGUUGCUCUGCCUUGGGAUGAGGAUGGUUUGGUGGCUGCAGGAGUGGAGUUCUGGAGGAGUUGAUGCCACUUGCAAGCUCUGCUGGAAGUCACUUUAAGUCUCUAAGAAAGGUAUCAAUCUUAGAUCGUUUUAUUAUCUAAAUUUUCAGUGCAAGAAAAAUGGGAUAGUUAAGCUUUGAAGUCUGCAAAUCGUAUUUUAUACAAUGAAUUUAUGAAAUUUAUGGUAAAUGUGAACGAUUCUUCUGAGCUCUCUCCCUUUUAGUUCCUCUGCCUCCUUUGUCCAGCAGUGCCUCGAUCUGGGAUUCAUCCAUCCAAAAGUCUGAAAUCCAUCUUGUUGUUCACCAUCCAGAGCAAGCUCAGGUACGAGAUCAGAUUGAGUUCAGGACAUGAGAUUGAGUUCAGGAGAGGUUCCCUUUAGCCACCAGACCUGCUGCAGGCUCAGCUUUCUUCUAAAACUGACUCUAAAGGUGUAUGAAGUGGUGAAGUAGCUGAUGUAGAUCCCAGCAGAAGGAAAUCUGCUCCAGUGUGGAAUGGAGGGUGUCAAAUCAAUUGGAAUAGGUAAGGAGAGCAGCUUAGUAAG